CUCAAGAUCAUUGCAAUUCUCCAGUCCAGACAGAAAAGCAGACUUUCUACAGGUGUGGCCAUUGUCAAGAAACUUUCUUCUCCAAGGAGGAGAUGGUAAAUCAUGGCAAAGCAAGACACCCAACGCAGCUUCUGUCACUAGAGGUUCACCGACACCCAGCGACAGAAAUGAAGACUUCUCAACUUCCCCAAGAGUCAAAAGAGAAAUCAUUGCAACCGAAACAGUUUGGGGCAUCCAAAGCUCCAAAAGUGGAAAGCUGUUCAGACUUGUUUGAUACAGAAGCAAGCAUACUACCAAUGAACGAUGGCCUGUCUGUCCAGUGCACAGAUGGAAUCCAGUGCCAUUUGUGCCACUGCCUGUUUUCUUGCUGUAGCCAGUUCAGUGAUCAUGCUGCUGAAAUCCACUUUGCAAGCACAGACAGGGCACACUGGCAAGAUGUACAGUCAAAGGGAGUGUACAACAGUAGAGGUGUUCUUGUUGCAUUAGGCUCAGAACCAGUGGUGUUCAAGUACCUCUGUGCCUACUGUCCCACACGAGGUAUACACAAGCACCUAAUGAUGCAGCAUCAGCAGGAGCAGCACAAAGACAAAUCUCCAUGGAUAAUUGUGUUGCAAAGUGCAGCUUCUGCCACACAACAGACAACCAAGUCAUGUUCCAGAGUAGAGAUGAAGAACACAGCUGCUCCAAGACCUCAGAGAAAGAAGCACAAGUAUGAAAUACCUGAACAGGAACUGGAAGUGGCUCUGACAGAUGUUUUCACUUUGGACCCUUUGAAGUUUAGAAACUUUUUAGGUGCAAAUGGUGUUUCAGCCCUCAAUAUGGCCUGCCUUCCACGACAAGAGUGAGGCAAAGGAGAAAGUGACUUAAUCUACCAUUUUUCCAUCAGUUUUGACAUUUGUCUUUUGUUUUGGGGUUCUUGUUUCCUUCCCUUGGAUUCAAGCUGGUCAACCAAUUACAAGCUAACAUCCCCAGAGCUCCAUAGGAAAUCUUGCCAACCCAAAUUUUGGACAUAAGACUGACUGCCAGCCCAUCAGUCAAGUGACAUCUCUCUCUGAUCUUCAUGUAAUGAUAUCUUUGACUUUUGAAUAAUAUAGUAUUUGUUGAAUCUGCAGAUAAAGUUUCUGAAGGAAAAAAAAAGUGUAAGUCUAUUUAGCUGAUUAGCCUAUAUAUAUAUGUAAUGUGCAUCUAUAAUUUUUAUAUAACCUAUAGGUGACAUUUCUUUUUAGAUUUGAGUAAUAGAGUUUGAGCACACAUUAACUUUUAGGCCCUUUUUGUAUAUUGAAUCUCCAAACAACAGAUUUUGCGGGUUUUAUUUUUUACAGACGUUGCCUACAGGACUGAAAGGAAGUUAUAUGUAUUCAACAAUUAGUACAUAUGUGCUUCAUUUAGGGCAUUCUUUGUUUCUUGCAUCCAGAGUUCAACUAAAAAUAUAAUUAAUGGUUCUGUUUCUCUUGAGUCUUUGAUGUUCUUGUCAAAGUAGACAUUGAUUAGGGCUUGAUGAAAAUACAACACUAGGAAGAACAUCCUUACCCUCACAUCUUUCUACCUCAAUACCUUCUUUGCAUGGACAUCAAAAUUUAUACUUUGUUCAUUUUAACAGUGAUCUCCCACCCAUUGGAAAGUGUAGAUUUUAUAGGAUCAAUCUUUGCAGGCUUAACAUCCUAUGUUGACUACUAAAAGUAGUUUUGCUAUGGUAAAAUGCUACCUCCAUUAGGAAAGGCUGAGAACACAAGCGAUAUAGACAUCUUUAGGGCUAGAAGGAAGGUGAACCUGUAGCAGGAAAAUGCUAAAAUGAGAGCUUUGCUAGCCAGCUGGUUUCAAUCAGCUAGUAAUGUUCUAUAUGUCUUCCCCUAUGUAGCUCUUGUUUGCUUAAAUCAAAAAGCUGUUUGGGCCAAUGAUUAAAAAACUGUUUUCCUUCAUGCCAACAGUGAAUAAGUCCCUAGUACAUCUGUGACAAAAAGGCAAUGGAAAGAGGUUUGUUUCCACCUUCCAUGUGUUCUGCAGUGAACCAUUUACAGUUUCCCACUUGGCCUUAAAACCAUAUUGCUGUGAAACAUUUAUCUCUUUCAGUUAUACAGUAAUACUUUUUUUUAAAAAAAAAAACCUUUUGGCCAUGUUGGCUUUACUUUAAGGUUAAGCAAAUGAGUAAGUUUGUCCUAUUGUUCACUUACAUUUGUUACCAAUACCCAUUUAAAGGAGAAUUGAAACUUGAUAAACUGUAUCCUGAGGGGAGUUAGUAGUGUAGUGCCUGUAAUAGUGACAAUCAGAAGUCUUGGGUUCAUAUCUCAGCUCCGACAUUUCUCAAUUCGACACCUGACUGUGGCUUACACCUGAACUCCGGUUUUCUUGACCACGUGUGAUUGAGAGGAAUGUGUUGUGUACAUACUUGUUUGUGUAAUAAAGGGCAAGAUCUGAA